AUGCUCCCUCUGGUGUCCUGCUCAUUGAUAGCUGAGAUCCGUUACCUGAUUCAUCACCUAGAGAAAACCCUUGCCCAGGCUACAUCCGUCUUGUUUGGGCUUCAAAUAUUCCUCACAUCACAACUUUUGGGAUUCCCCGAGGACGACGUGCAUCAUCCUUGGCAUAACCAGACCAUCAUCACUCUUUUAGUCGCUGUUGAGAUCCCCAACCGUAGCACAACCAUCCCAACCCUCACUGGAUUCCGGAUAUUCUUCCUAUCAAUCUUACUGGGCUCUAGUGUCAAUCUAACUGGGAGUGAAGACGAUCCUAAUGUCCAUCACUUUAAGGUUUGUGGGAAGUAUCCCACAGAUCUUGGUGAGGAUACUGAGGGGGAAUCUGAACCCAAAUUGACCAGGAAACAGAAGAGGAAUCGCAACAGGAACAAGGGAAAGGAGACGAAGCGAUUGAACAAUCUUCGCCAGCUAGUCGACUUGUCCCAGUUCUCCAUCCAUCACCCACGUUCCACCCCCCAACCCAUAAGACUUGUCCAGAAGAACGAAAUUCUCCUCCGAAACAAGAAUCAAGAAGUUGGCGGUCUGGUACGCUUCACCAAGUUCUCUGAGAUCGAUGAAUCCCUCCUCAAACAAUUCGAAGGUUUUAGCAUGCACCUCAUCGCUCAAUCCAAGUACCUCUAUGCGAAUGGGAUCAAUGGGAACACCCUUGGUGGAACCAUGUUCAAUGCCGGCUGGUGCAAGGCUUACACGAAGAACGAAAUCCUCGGCAUUUCUGCGGCAGUUCCCAAGAUUGCAGGGAAUGAGGAACAUUACUCCCUCCUUCAAGAACAAAUGAAAGACCAUGAAGCCUUUCUUGCUACUCGAUUCUCCAACUUGUCGCAGUACCUUUACGAAACGUUACGAUCUCGACAUAAAGACCUCAAACUGCCAUCAAUCUCUUCUACCUCGUUUGCUGAAGUGAAUGACUUUUCCUUUGCAUCACAUCUCAGUUUCACCUUCAACAAUUUUCACAACAAACCGCACUGCGAUAGAGAUUCCUCAACUUACACAUUUGGUUUAUGGCUCCCAAUCAACGUGCAAGACGGAAGCUUAGUAACCGAUAACUUGAAUGUCGAUGGAGGGAACUUCCUAUUUCCGGAGGACAAUUUUGGGUUAAAUUUUGCCGGAUUUGACGGAAUUGUUGAAAUGGUUUGGAAAGCUGAUAAAUUUAGUCAUCGCACUGAAAUUUCUACUUCCCAAUCUCAUCAUAGCCGUCUUGGUGUGUCUUCUGAAAUUCCAUCAACCUCCCUUCAAACCAUCACUCGAUUGCAGAACCUAUAUUAUGAAUCUAAGAAGGAGGCCUUUUUCCGUGAUACAAAUAAGGUUAUUGAAGACUGUCAAGCAUGGAAAGAAAAACAAGCACAAAAGGCACAAAAAAAUGCCAAGAAAACCAAAAAAGCAUAG